UUGUGUUAAUGGCGUGAAGUCAGAGAUGAGAGUGAGGAUGAAGUGGCAGUUAUUUGUCAGAGCAUUGUACAUGGCAGGUGUGACAUACAUAUGCCACGUUCCUUCACCUUAGCCUCUUUCUCUCUGGGUUUUUCAAUUUCAGUUUUUUGCAAUGCUAUUACUACUACCACCUAAGUUCCCUUCGCAAACGCGCUUGUCUUUUCCCUCCACUCACAAACUCAAGGUUGUGUCCGAAAUAGAUGUCUUCCCUUCAUUUCUCCCUAAAGAAGUCCACAGAAUCAAAGACCCUUUUGCGAGAAACCUUGCUAAACGGAUUCAGAGACUUCCCGUUGCUGUUAGGUUCUUGGAAAAUCCUAUCAUGAGUAGUUGUGUGAAGCCAAUGAUGCAGAACAAGGAAAAUCCAAUUGUCCUACUUCAUGGCUUUGACAGCUCAUGUUUAGAAUGGAGAUACACAUAUCCAUUGCUUGAGGAAGCUGGUUACGAAACAUGGGCUGUUGACAUUCUUGGUUGGGGUUUCUGUGAUCUAGAAAAACUUCCUUCAUGUGAUGUGGUAUCAAAGCGUGAUCAUUUUUAUCAGUUUUGGAAGUCCCACAUCAAAAAGGCAAUGAUAUUGGUUGGUCCAAGCCUUGGCUCUGCAGUUGUCAUUGAUUUUGCAGUCAAUUAUCCAGAAGCUGUGGAAAAGCUUGUUUUGAUUGAUGCUAGUGUGUAUGCAGAAGGAACAGGAAACCUAGCAACCUUACCUAGAGCAGCAGCCUAUGCUGGGGCAUAUCUAUUGAAGAGCAUUCCAUUACGCUUAUAUGCUAAUUUUUUGAGCUUCACAAACUUGCCUUUCAGUACUAGCCUCGAUUGGACUAAUGUUGGUCGCUUGCAUUGUUUAUUGCCAUGGUGGGAGGAUGCCACUGUUGAUUUUAUGACUAGCGGUGGUUAUAAUGUUGUCUCCCAGAUAAAACAGGAGCUGAUGAUACAACUCGGAGGAAGGACCAGUUGGCGCUAUCUCAAAUUCUCCAAGGUGUAGACUAUUCAAUUUUUGAGAAAUGCCAAAACAGCCAAAGAGGCUUGGACAUUUUGAAGUUGUCAUACAAAGUAGAGAAAGCUCAGAAAUUCAAACUACAAUCCACGCAUCGAGAAUAUGAAAAAUAUGAGAUGUCUGAUUCAGAAACCGUGGAACAAUAUUAUUUAUAGAUAACCGACCUUGUGAAUAAGAUGACGGUGGAGAAAAUUCUACCAUGCCAAUGAAUUUUGAUAGUGUGGUGACUAUAAUAAUUGAGUCCUACAACACAGGCACCAUGACAAUUGCAUAAUUGCGAGGGAGCAUUGUAGGUGGUGGUAUUGAAUGUGAUGGUGUUUUAAAUUAUUGUAAGAGAGAGUUACGUAGAGUGUAAUGAUGUGAAGCGUGAAGGAGAAAAAAUAGAGAGCUCACGGUAAUGUGUACCGAAAAGAAGAGUAGUGAAAUCACAUUAGAGUGUUCUUUGAUUGUGAAGUAAAUAAAAGUACAAGUGUAAGUGUGUGUGAGCAAUGAAUACAAUUAAGAGUAUUUGGAUUUCAAAGCAAAGUGUGAGUUUUCACAUGUCUCAGUGAUUUCAAUAACAAUACUUUAUUUACAUUCUAAUUAAAAUGACAACUCAUUUUUUAUAAUCGAAUUAUUAAAUAAAGAGUUAUUAAGUGUUUGUUCUUGUAUAUUUUUCAUAUUACUCAUUUAUAGUUAAGUUGAGACUCCCAACUCAGACGUGUGAUAUCAUAACAAAUUCAGCAUUAUAAGAGAAGUAGUUUUCUUCACUAAAUCAAUAUGC